AUGGAUCUACAGUCUCCGUCUAUUCUGGCACAAUUGCCUCGCCCCCUCCAUGCCUCCACGGGUAAAACUCGUAUCGGCGAUGUCUACAGUCUCGCCGAUGCGAAAAAGCGCAAGCGUUAUGAAGUCGCGGUCACCGUUGAUGGCGAGGCUGUGAACAUUUACAAUGUUCAAACCCCCAAACUCGUGACCUCCUACGCCGUGCCACCGCAGUCUUCUUUUUCUUGCCGACCAUGCUCCGUCCGCCGCAAGCUGUCCAAGAAGUCCAUUGUUAAGAGACAAACCUACACUAUUGCCACGAAGCCUGAACAUCAAAUCAAAUGCUUCGUGGAGGAGAUUGGGAAUGGUUUGAGCGCACCCGUGAUCACCUCUUCGAAUGCCACCAUCACCGACUCCAGCAGCCCCGCAAAAUUCGUUGGAAUCGUCCCUUUCAACACCGAAGAUGAGGAUAAGGUCGAUCCCUUUGAUAUCCUAGCCGUUCACGAGGAUGGUCGUGUCCGACGGUUGUCCUCCGACUUGAAGACUCAACACUGGAGUAUUCAACACAGUGAAAUCGCCAAAGUGUGCACCACCCACCUCGUUCACUCGUCCUUUUUGAUCGACCUCGAGGAUGCGAAAAAGACUUUGUUCAAGAGACGACAAGAUUUGGCUGCGCUUGCCCUGAGCGACUCCACAGCCUCCAGCACCGAGGAACCGUCCAUCCUCCUAGUCGUGUCCCACCCGCAAAAUUCCGACCAGAUUACUUUGAGCGAUGUCAUUGUCCAAAUGUUCUCUGUUCCUGCGAACUCAAAGUCGGGCGGUCUUGAAGAGAGCCAGCGCCUUCGCCACCUUCAAACGAUCCAAGUUCCCGCGCCUACCGGACUCGACAAAGUCAACACGAAUGCGCUUCAGUGGAGCUUCCACGCCGGUUCCGCCGGACUCCAGCUCUCCUUUGAGAACGGAUUUGUGAAUAUUGAUCUUUCCCAAUACUCUCCUUCCGUCACUUCUCAAUUCGUACUGGACGAGAAGUUCUCAUCGGUCAUGCGUGUCUCCCCUCAGUGCGUUAUCGGCGCAAGCGAAUCUUUGAUUGCAGUGUACGACACUCAGUAUCAAUCCAUUCAGCGCAGUAUCGCUGCCAGCGAUGUCCUCUCUGCGGGCGGGUCAACCGCUGAGCCUACAGUCUUUAUCAGUUACUUUGCGAAACUUGGAAUGGCCGUUGCGGCUAAAGGAAACACCCUUGUCGGAUUCGAUCUGACUUCUUUGCAUAGCCACUCCGGUCCCUCUCUCAAGCGAUCGCGCGAUGGCUUGCUCAUUGAUGCUAUUGGACGAGGUAUUGGUUCAUCUGCUACACAGUGGGAUACGGUAUCCAAGAAGCACCGCUCUGAGAACAUGGCAUCCCUCCAUUUGACUUCUCCUGAACAGGUUGAGAAAUGGGAUCAAUUUACCAAAGAUAUUAACGAGGCGACAAAGUCACGCGAUGGCACAAAGUUCGACAAGACUGUUCGGGAUUACUUCGGUGCCUCUGAGUCUCAGCAACUCCCCGCACGAGGACAAUACGUCAACCCCGAAUCCACCCUCUUCUUGCUAUCUAAGAUCUUCGCGAUUGAGGAUUCUGCUACCCAAGAUAAAACCUCGGCGUCUUCUUCAUCUCAAUUGCGCAUUGUCCUGUGGCCCUCUGUGACAUGCGGCUGGCUUGUGCGUUUAGGUCACCUGUCGCCGGACAAUGUUGAGAUCGCGCUCCGUCGCGCUUACAAGCCUCGCAUCCUCCAGUCCCUUCCGACUGGAUCCUUCGUGCAGGCUUUGAUCGACUCGGAUCCUUCCUUGAAGCAGGUCAACCAGGUGCUCCGUGGUCCUGCUGUUAUUUCGCCCAAUGAACUUGCCUACGCCUUGAAAUACUUCCUUGGUCAAGCCCGCCUGCACUCCGGUGCCUUGGAGGAGACGGCUCGCGCUAUCACAAACGGAGACGUGGCUACCCCAACCCAAGAAUUGACCCGCCACCUUGGCGCUGAGGAUGCUGCUUUGAAAUAUAUCUUCUUCGGCCUGAACCAUACUCUCAGGAAGAUCCACUCCCAGCCCCAGGUCUCUAUUGUUCAGUCCCUCCGAUCAAACCUGUCGCGCGCAGACCUUCUUACCAUGGUCCACCACCUCCGUCUUUCUCUCGCUACUGGCGGCUCUACCUCUCGUUUCACCGAAAACCCUCCUACCCCGAUCACUCUUGAUCAGAUCACCCCUUCCCUCUCCCUUAAUACCAUCAUCGAUCUAAUUACUGCAUCCGUUGAUGCCGUUGGCCCAUCUGGCUGGGUCUCUGCUCUCCCGGCAGUGAACGAUCUUGACGACGAAUCGGAUGAGGCCAUUGCCUCCGCCAGCCGCGAAGCGGAGCUCAUUGCCGAUAUGAAAUCCGAGGUUUCCGCGGCCCUUGCCGGCGUUGAAGAAGCUACCUACCUCAAGGGUAUCCUACGCGAGUAUCUCAGCUUUGCCAGCCAGGCCGCCACCUCGGCCAACCCCGCGGAUGCUACCAACGGCACGGUCAGCGAAGUUACCACGGCUCCUCAAUCUCAACUGGUCCGCCAUGAGAAACUUAAUGGUGCUGAUCUGAUGAUCUUCACUCGUCCAGGUGAGGGUGAGGAUGGGUAUGACGGUGACGCUAGCGGCAAGAUGCUGCCGCUGUCUCUUAAACCUACUUCGGCCGAUGUUUCACUCGCCAAGAAGAAGUCUACUGGGGAGACCAAGGCCCGUAGCAGUCGUGAGAUUGGAUACCUUCGUCGCAAGGCUGUCGGGCAAUACUCUUUCGAAAAGCUCGUUGUCUAA